AUGAGCGCAAAAUUGUGCCAUGCAUUAUUAGCACGCCGAUUAUUUUCUGGUAUCUCCAGCACAAAGAACCGAUUUUAUGAGGAAGCGCGAGUUGUAUUUAAGCCUGUGGAAGAAGUUUAUAACAUAUAUCUUGAUAAACACUGUUUAGUUACACCAAAACGGAACCCAGUAAAGAUAUAUUCUGAAGCGCUUGCACUUGCUGUAGCGCAGGAGUGGAAUAUGCAGACGAAUGAAUUAAGGGUAAACUUAAUGAGGCUCACAGGCUUGAUUUUCACAGCCACCGAUAAUCCAAUGUCAUUGCAGAAAUCUGAUCUUUUAUCACAAGUGCUCCAAUUCCUGGAUAAAGAUACAGUUCUAUAUCGACUGGAAGAAAACAGUAAUUUACUACACCUGGAAGAGACAAAUUGGAAUCCUGUAGUUGAAUGGGUAAACUGGGAGUAUGGUUUGUCAGUGAAACCGAGUUAUUCAAUAGUUGAAGAAGCUGUGAUUGACAAUAAUUCUCGAGUUCGUUUGGCAAAUCAGCUAUCAGAUUACAAUUUUCUACAACUGGUCGGUUUACAAUAUGCUACUGAAGCGCUCAAAUCUGUGUUUCUCACCUUGGCAACCGUAUCCUCUCGUUUGGAUAUUGAUGAAGCCGUUGAGCUAGCACUUCUUGAACAGAAAUACCAAAGUGAUGUUUGGGGAAAGGUUGAAUGGGCACAUGAUAUUGAACGAGAAGAGCUGAUUUCACGAUUAUCGGCCGGUGUGUUGUUAGUACAUUUGGGUGAUUUUGAACUAGGAUACGAAGCAGAAUCUCAAAAAAAUGAAAUUGUGAAGAAUAAUAAAGAAGUGGUCUAA